UGAGCCUGAGGCCGCCCCCUCGAGCUCGCGCUCCGCUCUUCUUGCCUCGGGGGCGGCUGUUUUUGCUCUGCCGGAGGAGCCUCUCCACGUUGCCGCCGCCGCCGCCGCCGCGCUCCCAUUGUGGACUGGAGGCAGGAGGGGGAGAGGGAGGCGGCGAGGCUCGGCGCCGCUUCGCCCCGCUUGGCCGCCACCAUCCUUCCCCGCCGCCGCCGCCGCCGCAUUCUUGAGAAGGGAGCAGCGAGCACAACAAAGAGAGCCCCGGAGCAGCCGCGGCGGGCAGGAGGGGAAGUUGGGCGCGUGUUGGGCGGCGCAGGAGACAAAGGCGGCGGCGCCCAAGAACUUCGGGCAAACUUUUUGGAAAGUUGCGGGGGGCGCCGCUGCCGGGCCUGGAGCCCUCCCCUGGGGCGGCGAGCCAGAGCGGGGCUCGGGGAAGGGGCGGCCCGCCGGCCGAUCAUGGCCUCCGGGCGCGGGGGGCCCCAGGCCGAGGCGACGCUCCCUCGCUGCUGCCGCGGCGGGGGCGCAGCAGCCCCCCGACGAGUGCCCGGGCGAGGCGGCGCGGCGCGCGGGGCCCCCUAGGCGCACGGAGAGCGGCCGGCCGGAUGGCCCGCGGGGGCUGCCGCUGCUGCUGCUGGCGCCUGCUCUGGGGGCUGCUGUGCGCCGGGCUGGGGCCCCUGGCGGGAGGCGGCGCGGCGGCGGCUCUGAACGGCAGCAGCAGCGCGGUGGCGGCCCGCGGCGAGGAGCGCUGCAAGCGCGCCGCGCCCUGCGAGGCGCUGGAGCAGAGCGUGUGCCUGGGCUCGCCGCUGCCCUACGCCGCCACCUCCACGCUCCUGGCCGGGGACUCCAACUCGCAGGCGGAGGCGCACGACAAGCUGCUCCUCUGGUCCGGUCUACGCAACGCCCCUCGCUGCUGGGAUGUGAUCCAGCCCCUGCUGUGUGCUGUGUACAUGCCCAAGUGUGAGGAUGGCCAGGUGGAGCUGCCCAGCCAGACCCUCUGCCAGGCCACCCGGGGGCCCUGCACCAUUGUGGAGCGGGAGCGAGGCUGGCCCGACUUCCUCAAAUGCACCACAGACCUCUUCCCGGAAGGCUGCCAGAAUGUGGUCCAGGACAUCAAAUUCAACAGCUCAGGGCAGUGUGAGGCCCCCCUUGUCCAGACAGACAACCCCAAGAGCUGGUACGAGGAUGUGGAAGGCUGCGGCAUCCAGUGCCAGAACCCUCUUUUCACCGAGAAGGAGCACCGUGAGAUGCACGUCUACAUCGCGGCCUUCAGCUCUGUCACCAUUUUCUGCACCUUCUUUACCUUGGCCACCUUUGUCGCUGACUGGAGGAACUCCAACCGCUACCCAGCCGUCAUCCUCUUCUACGUGAACGCCUGCUUCUUCAUGGGCAGCAUCGGCUGGCUGGCUCAGUUCAUGGACGGGGCUCGGAGUGAGAUUGUGUGCCGUGCCGACGGGACCAUGCGUUUGGGGGAGCCCACCUCCAACGAGACGCUUUCCUGUGUUAUCAUCUUCAUCAUCGUCUACUAUUCCUUAAUGUCGGGUGUGAUCUGGUUCGUCAUGCUGACCUAUGCCUGGCACACAUCCUUCAAGGCGCUGGGGACCACCUAUCAGCCGCUGGCGGGCAGGACCUCCUACUUCCACCUUAUGACCUGGUCCAUUCCCUUUGUCCUCACGGUUGCCAUUUUGGCUGUUGCUCAGGUGGACGGGGACUCUGUCAGCGGCAUCUGCUUUGUAGGCUACAAGAACUACCACUACCGGGCUGGAUUCGUCCUGGCUCCCAUCGGUGUGGUGUUGAUCGUGGGUGGCUAUUUCUUGAUCAGAGGUGUGAUGACCCUGUUUUCGAUCAAAAGCAACCACCCUGGUCUGCUGAGCGAGAAGGCUGCCAGCAAAAUCAACGAGACAAUGCUUCGCCUGGGGAUUUUUGGAUUCCUGGCCUUUGGGUUUGUGUUCAUCACUUUCGGCUGUCACUUUUAUGACUUCUUCAACCAAGCGGAAUGGGAGAGGAGCUUCCGGGAAUACGUGCUGUGUGAAGCCAACGUGACAAUUGCUACACAGACCAAUAAGCCAAUUCCAGAGUGUGAGAUCAAGAACCGGCCCAGCCUGCUGGUAGAGAAGAUCAACCUCUUUGCCAUGUUUGGGACGGGCAUUGCUAUGAGCACCUGGGUAUGGACCAAAGCCACCCUCCUCAUCUGGAAGCGCACCUGGUGCAGGCUGACCGGCCAGAGCAGCAACGAGCCCAAGAGGAUUAAAAAGAGCAAGAUGAUCGCCAAGGCCUUCUCCAAGAGGAAGGAGCUGCAGCACGACCCCCACCAGGAGCUCUCCUUCAGCAUGCGCACCGUCUCGCACGAGGGUCCUGUUGCUGGUUUGGCUUUCGAUAUCAAUGAGCCCUCAGCAGACGUCUCUUCAGCCUGGGCUCAACACAUAACCAAAAUGGUGGCCAGAAGAGGAGCCAUCUUGCCUCAGGAUGUCUCUGUCACCCCUGUGGCGACGCCCGUGCCCCCAGAGGAAAGGGCCAACUUGUGGAUGGUGGAGGCAGAGAUCUCUCCCAGGCUGGAGAAGAAACUGAGCCGGAAGAAGAAGAAGAGGAGGAAGAAGAAGGAGCAGGUGUGUCCCGUGGGGCCAGUGGGCGAAGUCUACGACGCAGACUACUUUGCCCCACAGGGCCUCAGCUCCAUCCCACACCUUCCUCAGCUCCCCAAGAGCAGCAAGGGUCUGGUCUCCGGCUCCAGAGAGUCCCAGGCUUUGGAUGAGGUGCUGUCUCCUAGGGCCUACCCGGAUCUGAGGCCUGGGGCUUGGCAACAGGAAGGCCCGUCUUCCAGAGGCGCGUGGGAGCCCCCUGCUGGGUACAGGCGAAGCAGCGCUCUGAAUCUCAUCAGCCACCCCUUUUGCCCUGAGAACAGCCCUCCGGACGAGGUGGGGCCCAGAAGCCAUGCCUGGCUGUUCCCUGGGCGGCGGCAGCAGCAGCAGCAGCAGCCUCUUCAUCAUGGUGGCUACCUCCAGCCUCCCUCCGGCAGCACAGACUCUGCCUCCCUGUUCCUUGGGAACACCCCGUCCAGGUGGCAGACUCCAGGAAGGAGACGGGGGUUGCCCCCCAUCCACUCCAGGACCAACCUGAUGGAUGCUGAGUUGGUAGAUGCCGAUUCUGACUUCUAGGGAGGGGCUUUUCUAGGAGGGGCUUUUUCGGGGUGGGCUUGGUUGUAGAUCAGCCAUGAAUUUUCUUGGGGUGGGGGUGUGAAGUGGAUGUUCGGCUUUGGGAAACGUCCCCCCGCACCCCACCCCGUUCCCCGGCUUCUGCUGUAUCUGGAGACCCGGUAUGAUGCUGCUUGAAAAAGGAAGAGGCCGCGUCAUCAGGAUUGCCAUCUUGGCUUCAGCCCCGCCACAAACCUUUCUCUCUCAUUGGAAGCAGGUACCUUGGUCAAGUGGCCAACCUUUGAGCGCUCCGUGGUUACUUUUUGAGCUCCUGCUGCUCGCCUUCCCACCGAACCGUGCUCGAUCUUACAAGCCCAGCGUGACCUUGGUUUGCUUUGUGGUGUGCUAGACACAUGGACAAGCCUAGAGAUAGGAUAGCUCCUCUUCCCCCCACCCUCCCAGAAAGCUGCCUGAGUCUUGCAAAGUAUUUAUUGCUUUGAGGAACUGAGGACAAGGGGGGCUUUCUGGCAGCCACCUCUGUAGGAGAAAAACCAAGACGUUAGAGGGUAGUCUAUCUUCUCCCUACUCCUCUUGAUAGAACCAUCUCUCAGUCUGUGGGCACCUCUGUCAUCCUGCUAAAUUACCACCUCAGCGCAGUCCCUGCUCCAGAACAGAUUUGGAGUCCGUUCCUUGAAGGCGGUAGGCUUCUGCAGAGGCGUGACACCCAGGGACAGGUGGGGGGCCCUCUUUCCGGCAGAGAGAGAACCCCUUCUGGAGGCAAAGGUGCAGUCGGAUGACACUUGGAAGGAAGGAGUGUCACCAGUUUAUCCCACUGGGCCAAAGGAAGGCAGUUGGGGAUUCACACUCUCUAGUACCGGAAGAUGGAGCGGCCUCGUGAUGUACGGCAGCUGUGCUUUGGAUCUCUGGCUCUGUUUUGCCCCUUUGCAAAUUAGCAGUUAGGCAGGAGGGCACUGGAAGGGUGGAGAAGGAUUUGGGGUGGUGGGGAGGGGAGGUGUUGAUUUGACAAGGUGCUGGAGAAGGGGAGCAAGUUCCAAGUUCGAUUUAGGUUUAUAUAUGUGCUGUAAUUGCCUGAAAUGCCAUUUGGACAGACUUCUCCGUGGGGUGAGGCUAUAGUUCUGUGGUAGAGCAUGCACAGUCCCCCAGGCUCAACCCUUGGGCAUCUCCCGUUAAAAGGAUCUUGAGCAAACGGACUUGGAAAGGCCCUCCUCUCUGACUUGGACCUUGGGAAGCCUCUGCCGCGCAGUACGGAGAGUGCUGGGCUAGGUGGAUUGAGGGCUCUGUUGCUGCUUGCAGGUCACCUGACAGGAAGUAGCCCUUCACUGCCUCUCCCAAUCAGAGCAGAGAAUAGUGAGCUCGUUGAGCCAGUUUGAGGCAACUUCUUGUGUCCGUUUAAGUGGGCUGGUGCUCUGGAAUUCACCCCAUUCUGCAAACAUUUCCAGCAGCAAGGUUUCCAGGUGAGGCUCUUAGGGUGAAUGCCAUGGGCCUCGGGAGGGCUAUGCCUGCCAGCAGGAGGCGCUCUGCCUUGAUCUUAGGACAUAGCCUGUUGAGAAUUGUAGUCUUUCCUGUUAAUCCUCUCUAUUGUAGACCCUCUUCAGUUGCACACGGUCGUGCCCAGAUGGAAAAAAGCAACCGUACUAUUAAUAGGACGGUGUUCGUGCCCCAUGGGCAGCGGCUGCUCUGCUCUUCAUGCUGAAGUCUCUCUGUUGCUUUGGGGUUUAAUUUGUUCUUUUUUAUGUGUUGCUCUUUAACAUAUCUAUGUAUAAUGCACAGAAUUUUUUAAGAGUGUCAAAGCUUUGCCUUUACCCACUUCUCAUAGGGAAACUAAUUUUAAAGGCGAAGAUUCUGCCAACAGUUCUGUGGAAUAGUGCUCCCUCUGAUCUUCCAGUUUGUAAAAUCAUUCCUUUUCCUAAUUUCCAAAAAACCUAGGGCAGAAGUGGCCAACCUGAGUCUCUCCAGCUGUUGUUGGACUACAACUCCCGUCAUCACUGGCUACAAUUUAUUACAACUGUGGAUGAUGAGAGUUGCAGUUUAAUAACAGCUGGAGAGACUCGGGUUAGGAACAUAGGGCGCUGCUAUAUACUGAGUCAGACCAUUGGUCUAUCUAGCUCAGUAUUGCCUACACAGACUGGCAGCGGCUCCCCCAAGGUUGCAGGCAGGAAUCUCUCUUGGCCCCAUCUUGGAGACGCUGCUAGGGAGGGAACUUGGAACCUUCUGCUCUUCCCAGAGCGGCUCCAUCAUCCCCUGAGGGGAAUCUCUUCCAGUGCUCACACAUCAAGUCUCCCAUUCAAAUGCAACCAGGGUGGACCCUGCUUAGCUAAGGGGACAAGUCAUGGUUGCUACCACAAGACUAGCUCUCCUUAUUUGGAGCUGGAUUGGGUUGGCCAAUCCUGUUCUAAAGUUCUGUUUUGGAGAGGGAUUCAACUACAGAAAGUGGCGGGGUGGGGGGGAGAGAGAGAGAGAGACCGAUUGAAGCCUACAGUUCAUACUUAUUAGAAGGAAGCUCCAAAUAAGGACUCCCCACAGUGUCAAAAUAUAUAUUGCAUUAAGCAGUUAACAAAAGCGGUCUACAGGGCUUUUUCUAUGCAGUAAUUGGAAAUAAACUCCUAGAAUACUUCCUCCUUUGCAUUUGCAUAUCACUUUUGUAUUCAUAGGAGUUGGGGCACUUGAGCUCAAUUCAGACAUUUCAACAAACACCAUCAUUUUGUGGGCUGUCUGAAUCGACGAACAGUGGCUUGCAGUCAGCUGCCAAACUAGAAUCAGAAACCAGGGUCUGAAGAAGGUUUGCAUGCCAUGGCUUAGAGUGAGGUCUGAAUAUGUAAAGAUUGAUAACUGGCUUUUCCACUUAAAUAUAUGCACGAGGCAGCUUACAGGAAGUUAAUAACAAGAAAUAAAACACACCAACAAUGCAGCAAGAGCAACAGCUCUAAGUGACAGAAAAAUGAAGUGAUUGCAAAAAGCCAGAGGUGAGUGGAAGGAACAGGAAAGCAGAUAAGCAGCUCUGGAAUAUGAUCUGGGUUCCACACCCUGGUUUGGUAUGCAACGUCUUAGAGUGAUCAUUGCAGUGCCCCUUUAUGGUCACUAUUAUCUCCAUUCUGCAGAUGGAGGGGAUAGCAGGGGACGUAACAGAGACUUGCCUGAGCCCACCUAAGGUUUCCCCCCAGAUGCUCCGAUGAUCUGACUCUGCAUGAGGCAGCUGCCUAUGUUCACUGAGUCAGAUCACUGGUCCAUCUACACCAGGCCUGCUCAAUUUGGACACACACACCCCAGUUGUUUUUGGACUAUCCCCAGCCACAGUAGCCAGGGAUUAUGGGAGUUGUAGGCCAACAUCUGCAGGAGGGCUGAAGUUGAGCAGCCCUGGUCUUCACUGACGGGCAGCAGCUGUUUGAGGGAGGAGCUUUUUCCUCCACCCUACCUUGAGAUCCUGGCAAGGACUGAACCUAGUUCCUGCUGCCUGCUCAGCAAAUGCUCUGCCACGGAGCCUUGCCUCCCUCCCACAAGCCAACCAGGAGCUCAGUAAGGAUUGUUCAGAUUGUGCGGCUGGAGCACUUUGAAUGCUCAGAAGUGCUAAAUAAAUGUUAGAGGAGUUUAUGUCUGAUUAAUGCCCACAAGGCCUUGUGAGAAGCUUUUAAAAAUAUAAAAUACCUUAAUCUGAAUGGCAUCCUGUUUGGAAAGGAAUGAUCUGUUUGAACAAGAUCAACUCACCUGUGCUUCCUUUUCAUGUUAGUGCCCCCAGAUUACCAGCAUCGGCAGCCUCAGCGGAAGAUAAACCUGGCCUAACAUGCUCUUUUGUCACAAGCAGCUGAGUGUAGUGUAGACAGGUACCGGUAUGCCCAAGUGAUGUAGCACACACAGGUGUGCACUUCCUUCCUGUAUCCCCCAUUUCAGGGGACCUGUACUCUUUUCACUUUUAAAAUGAACGCAGGUACGGUCAUUCACACAAAAACAUACUUGUGUAGGGACAUCUGAAGACAGGUAUGUCUGAAUAGCUCUAGUGUCGAUUCCAAUGCAGAUUCGCACCAAGGCAGUUUCCCAACAAUCUAGACUCAGAUGGUUGGGGGGGAAAUGAAUGGUGCUGUGGUGCUAUUUCCGCCUCCACCCCAGGCUACACACACACCCCCAGUGGAAAGCAAGACCAUUUCAUGGGCUGAGCCCAGUUGCCUGAAAUCAAUCAUUCUCGUUCAUCAGCAAGGCCUGGGAACAGAGCCCUCUGGCAAGGGGUGGGGCCUAGCAUAACAGCAGUCUCUCCCCAGAGAUGAAUAACAUUUACAAAAGGGCGGGGGGGGGGGGUAAAGCACGGCUUAGCCUCAGUUGCUUUUCUGGCAAGGGUCUCCGAGCAAAGCACAAACACUUUCUGGCUGGUUGGUUAACUCUCGGAGCAGGACAGACUGUGAAGCAUAUACGUCACUUGCUGUAGGCUACAAUGAUUUCAUGUGGGGGUCUCAAACGUGGGUCUCCAGAUGUCAGACUGCACAACUUCCCUCAUCCCCACCGGGGAGAUGAUGGGAGUUGUAGUCCAACAUCUGGGGCCCCACAUUCGAAAACCCUGAUUUAAUGUCAGUGCCAAGUACUGCAUGAAGCAAAGACGUAGCCUGAUCCCUGCUGAAGAGAGCCAGGUGGACCCCAGAGGAAAGUGGGGGGGGGGCGGUUUCACACUUGGGUCCCCAGUUGUUGGACUACAACCUCCAUCUUCCCUACCCACAGUGGCUCAAGUGGUUGGAGAAGAUGGGAGUUUGGAGUCCAACAGCAGCUGAGGACCCAAGUGUGAAAAGCCCUGGGGUGAAGAAGGCACCACGACCUGCAGGUGUGCAAGCAUCCUCCACCAAUGUCGCUAACCGCGCAGGCAUUUUCCUUCCUUGGUCCCCGCCUCUUCUCUUGCAAGGAAGCCGCAGCCUGAGGGUUGCUGGUGGUAGCCCUGGAAGGUGCAGGCAAGAAAGCCAUUCACUCCCCGCCGGGCCACUGGGAAUGGUACAAAUCCACGUUCCAGUUUUGUAACCCAAGUGCAUGGUGGGGGGAAAGGAACACACAAGUAUAAUUUCAAUAUGCUGUUCUCAAAUAAAUAUAUCCUGUUUUAUA